AUGAUGCCUUUAAGACCAUCAAAUAGCGCUCUGCGCGCAUUCCACAUCAGGAAUCUCGCUGGACGUCGGCCUUUCUCGACAUCUUUUGUGGCUUCGGCCGCUUCGCCCCACCGCUCUUCUAUCCAGAAGCGUGGUCAGAGCACAGCUACGGCUUCAGCUCCGGAGUCCAGACCUGUUCCCAGUCCGGCCUUCAACCAGGAACCCCAUCGCAAUGAGAUCUCUCCCUUGCAACACCGCCAGCUCCCCGAGCUCGAUGACUCAAUGGUUGGCAUGAGCGGUGGUGAAAUCUUCCACGAGAUGAUGCUGCGUCAGGGUGUGAAGCACGUCUUCGGUUACCCCGGUGGUGCCAUUCUUCCCGUGUUCGACGCCAUCUACAACUCCAAGCACUUCGAAUUCCUCCUUCCCAAGCACGAGCAGGGUGCCGGCCACAUGGCUGAGGGUUACGCCCGUGCCUCUGGAAAGCCCGGUGUUGUCCUUGUUACCUCCGGCCCUGGUGCUACCAACGUCAUCACUCCCAUGCAAGAUGCUCUCUCCGAUGGUACCCCGAUGGUUGUUUUCUGUGGUCAGGUCCCCACCAGCGCAAUUGGUACCGACUCCUUCCAGGAGGCCGACGUUAUCGGUAUCUCUCGUGCCUGCACCAAGUGGAACGUGAUGGUCAAGUCCGUUGGUGAGCUGCCUCGCCGUAUCCAGGAAGCUUUCGAGAUCGCCACUAGUGGCCGCCCGGGUCCUGUCUUGGUUGAUCUGCCCAAGGAUGUCACUGCUGGCAUCCUCCGGAACCCCAUCCCGAUGCACAGCACUAUCCCCUCGCUCCCAAGCGCAGCUACCAUGGCUGCCCGUGAAAUGAGCCAGAAGCAGCUCGAGAGCACUAUUAGCCGUGUUGCUAACCUGGUUAACAUUGCCGAGAAGCCCGUCCUCUAUGUUGGACAGGGUCUCCUUGCUCGCCCUGAUGGCCCUAAGAUCCUGAAGGAGUUUGCCGACAAGGCCUGCAUCCCUGUCACCACCACCCUCCAGGGUCUUGGUGGUUUCGAUGAGCUGGACCCCAAGGCUCUUCACAUGCUGGGCAUGCACGGAUCUGCCUACGCCAACAUGGCUAUGCAGGAGGCUGAUCUGAUUAUUGCCGUUGGUGCCCGUUUCGAUGACCGUGUUACCCUCAGCAUCCCCAAGUUCGCUCCCCAGGCCAAGCUUGCCGCUGCUGAGGGCCGUGGAGGUAUUGUUCACUUCGAGAUCAUGCCAAAGAACAUCAACAAGGUUGUCCAGGCCAAUGAAGCCGUCGAGGGUGAUUGCGCCGACAAUCUUCGUCUUCUCCUACCCCACGUCAAGUCUGUUGCCGAGCGCCCCGAGUGGUUCGAGCAGAUCAACGACUGGAAGAAGCGCUUCCCCCUAUCGCUCUACGAACGUCAGACCGAUGAGGGCCCCAUCAAGCCCCAGGCUGUCAUCGAGAAGCUCAGCGACCUCACUGCCCACAUGAAGGACAAGACCAUCAUUACUACUGGUGUCGGUCAGCACCAGAUGUGGGCUGCUCAGCACUUCCGCUGGCGUCACCCUCGCACCAUGAUCACCUCCGGUGGUCUUGGUACAAUGGGUUACGGUCUUCCUUCCGCCCUGGGCGCCAAGGUUGCCCGUCCUGACUGCCUGGUCAUCGACAUUGACGGUGAUGCUUCCUUCAACAUGACCUUGACUGAGCUUUCCACUGCUGCUCAGUUCAACAUUGGUGUCAAGGUUCUCCUGCUUAACAACGAGGAGCAGGGCAUGGUCACCCAAUGGCAAAACCUCUUCUACGAGGAUCGUUACUCUCACACCCACCAGCAGAACCCCGACUUCGUUCCUCUGGCCCGUGCUAUGCGCGUCGCUGCCGACAGCUGCUUCAAGCCCUCCGAGGUCGAAGAGAAGCUGAAGUGGCUAAUUGAGCAUGAUGGCCCUGCCCUCCUGGAGGUCAUCACUGACCGCAAGGUUCCGGUUCUCCCCAUGGUGCCUUCUGGUCGUGGUCUGCACGAGUUCCUGGUUUACGAUGAAGCCAAGGAAAUGGAGCGCAAGGACCUCAUGCGCCAGCGUAACGUGGACUUCCACGUCCGCAAGGAGUAA